UCAAGCGAAUAGAAGGGAGAUCUCUGCAUUAUUUUGAAAACUCAAUUCAACCGCGGUUGAAUUUGAGUAGACAAAUUGCAUUAUACUCAAAGAUUUAUGAAAUUCAAGUGAAUUAAUUGUACGUCGCACUUGCCAUUUUAGCAAUUUCAAAAAGACAGAUAUGUUGUAUGGAAAUCCAAAACAAUAAAAUAAAAUACAACUAGUGAAAAUUAUUUGUAAGUAAAACCUACAUUUGUGUUGUUACUUUGUUUUGACAAAAAUGGCAAAUCUAUCUCGUGAAUCUGCUAUCCUGUUUGUCUUGGCUUACAUUUUCCUACAAGUUGUCUAUACAAAUUCGUACUCCCAUUUUCGUUUACCUACGUCCAUACAACCGGAGCAUUAUCAUCUCAAGGUUAUAACCCAUAUGGAUAAUACUGCAACUUUCAGAUAUGAGGGUCAAAUUUCAAUGCGCUUCCGAGUUUUAGAAGCUACCAAUAACAUAACAAUGCACGCUCUGAAUUUAAAUAUUGAUAAUACAAGUUUGGUACUUUCUAAAGUAAAGGAUAGGGAAUUUCACAUGUGCCUUGAGGACAUAGAUAUUUUACCCGAGUUUGACUACUUCAUCAUGAUAUUAUGCCAGACUUUGAUUAAGGAUGAAAUUUAUCGAGUGCAAAUGAAGUUUUCGAGCUUCCUUAACACAAAGUCGAAUGGCUACUAUCGCAGUUCGUAUAAAGAUGCGGCAACGAAUGAGACUAGGUGGUUGUCUGUUACAAAAUUUGAACCAGCCUUUGCACGAGCAGCGUUUCCUUGCUUAGAUGAACCCCAGUACAAAGCCAGAUUUACAAUAUGGUUGGGUCACCACAGAUCGCGUACAGCCUUGAGUAAUAUGCCGCGUGAGAAACAAAAACCAUUAGAGGAUGUGCACGACUACGUUUGGAGCAUAUUUGAGGAAUCUGUGCCCAUGUCGACAUAUUUGGUUGCCUAUAGCGUGAAUGACUUUGUUUAUAAGGCAUCAUCUAUUGAGAUGUACAAAUUAGAUCUUCGUACUUGGUCAAGACAAGACUCGAUCAAUAAAAGUGGGUAUGUCGUGGAAAUGGCUCCUAGAAUUUUGAAAUAUUAUGAAGAUGUUUUGGGCAUACCAUAUCCCUUGCCAAAGAUGGAUCAAAUUGCUCUGCCUGAUUUCAAUAAAGGAGGAAUGGAAAAUUGGGGUCUGGUUACUUAUGCAGAAAAGGUCUUAUACUACGAUCCAAAUACCAGAUCGCCAUUGGACAAACUCCAUACAGUUAGAUUGAUGGCUCACGAAUUUGCCCACCAAUGGUUUGGGAAUUUGGUUACGAUGAAAUGGUGGUCCGACUUAUGGCUUAAUGAAGGGUUUGCGACAUAUAUAGCCAGUUUGUGUGUGGAAUAUAUACAUCCCGAAUUUCAGGCAUAUAUAACUGAUUCCUUUUUUUCUUUGGUAUCCAGUUUUGAUAAGGACGUUGCCUUAAAUAGUCGUCCAUUAUCUCAAGAAGUAUUUAGGACCAGUGAAAUUCGAAAUCGUUUCGAUACGAUAUCCUACAGAAAGGGAUCUGCUGUCUUGAGAAUGGUGCACAUGAUAUUGGGAAAUGAUGCAUUCUUUGAGGGAGUUUAUGACUAUCUGGAAAAACACAAGUACAGCAAUGCAAACCAAGAUGAUCUAUGGUAUGCCUUCUCUAAGACAGCGAACAAAUGUAACAAUCCUCUUGAUAUGAAAACCGUAAUGGACUCUUGGUCCCUGCAAUCGGGAUUCCCGCUGGUAAAAGUUAAUCGAAAUUACCAAACCGGCACCAUUGAAAUAACCCAGCAUAGAUUUGUGCAGCACAACAUCUUUAUACCAGAUGAUGAGAUCAGAAAAUGUUGGUGGAUUCCAUUGACCUACACAACGGCUGGAGAAAAAAACUUUAGGACAACAAAGCCCAGAUAUUGGCUGCAAUGUAAUGAAACACAAGUCGGUGUUCCGGUGAUAUUUGAUAAUGUGGCAAAAUCAAACGAGUGGAUAAUUUUUAAUAUUCAAGCAUCGGCUGUGUAUAAAGUUAUGUAUGACAUUCACAACUGGAGGCUAUUAAGCGAAGCUUUGAAAAGAGAGCCAUUGGAGAAUUUUCCCAUUUUAAAUCGCGGACAAAUUGUAAAUGAUGCCAUAUCCUUAGCAUGGAACGGUUACCACGGCUACGACAUUGCCUUCGAUAUCUUAGAGUAUUUAUUUAAAGAACGUGAAUAUUUGCCAUGGGCCUUGGCUAUGCGAGGUCUAGCGAAUGUUUGUAACUUUCUGAAGGCUUUUCCAAUACAAUACGAGAGUUUUAAGUCCUUUAUACGACAUAUUAUCGCACCAGUCUUUAAGCAUUUGAAUGGUUUCAGUACAUUAAAUUUAGCGAAUUUGUUACCAUUUCAAUAUAGACUAAAAAGCAUAGUAAUCCAAUGGGCUUGUCGUGUCGAUUUAAAAGAUUGUAUUAAAGCAUCCAAAAAUUAUUUUCAAAGAUGGGCAUUAUCCCAGGGUCUCGAGUAUGAUGAAAUCUUUCUAAAGGAUUUAAGGGACACCGUUUAUUGCACUGCUAUACGCCAUGGCACCAUAAAUGAUUGGAACUCUUUGUGGCAACGAUAUUUGGAAACUCGUGACUCACUUUUCCUUGAAGCAUUGGCUUGCUCCCGCAACGAGACACUAAUAGAAGAUUUCAUUAGUUUGAUUUUUUCUCCGGAGAAGCAGAUAUCGAACCGGGAGACAAUUCAUGCCUUUAACGCGAUAGUCAAUAGUGAAGUCGGCUUACCUUUAGCCUGGAAAUAUUUCUUUGCAAAUUUUCCUAGGUUAUGCAAGGAUUUUGAAAUAAGUCACUUGGCAGCUGAGUUGACAUUAUCCAUAAAUUCAUUAAACGAUCUGGGGGACCUAAUGGCUUUCGCUAACCCAGGUGAAGAAUAUUGCGAAUUCCCGCUCAAAAUUACAAAUUCUUCUAUGGAAAAUAUACAUUUUAGAAUAGAUUGGAUUAAGCGUAAUUUGGACAUUAUAGAAGCCUAUUUAAGAAAUCGACUCUCCACCUCAAGAGCUUAAGACAAACACCCCAAACGAAAGCAUAAAAUAAAGUUAAUUUAUUUGUUGAAA